UGCAUAAUUAAAGGGUAUUUUGCAUUUGGUGGUGUCCAUGUCUACUCUUCCUUCUGGGUUUUAAAACGCACAAGAAAUGAAUCCGGGAGCUUUUGGAACGGAAGAAUUGGUGACCCUUUUGGUUAAGCACCUUCCUGAAGCAAUUACUCACGACACUCUCACUCGACUCUUCUCUCACUAUGGUGCUUCCUCUGUUCGUCCUUGCUCAACUGGAAGAUUGAGAAACUGUGCAUUUGUGGACUUCAAAAGUCAAACAUUGGCUUCUCAAGCCCAUCGCCAGUUAAACGGGCUGAGGUUUCUUGGUAAAGUCUUAACAGUUGAAAGAGCUAGUAAGCUGAAUGAGGAUAAGAAGCCCAAAGAUACUGAAGUUAAACCCACAUCUUUGAUGAAGGAUGCUAGUGACCAUAAUGAUGGUCUAAAAUCAGGAGGUCUACCUGCUAGUGAACCAAUUGCUCCAAGACUUGGCGUAGACUAUCCAUUUCCUCCUUUCCUUGAGUAUGCGUAUCCUCCCCCAGAUGGAAAUAUCCUGACCAAUAUUGUAAAUGCCCUUAUUGCUGUUCCUCGCUUUUAUACUCAGGUGUUGCACUUGAUGAACAAAAUGAACAUUCCAGCUCCAUUUCGUAUGGCUCUGCCCACACCUCCUCUGCCACCUUCAGUACCUGCACCACCAGCACCACAACCACCGCCUCCACCUGUAGCAGAUCUGUCAAGCAGUGAGUCAGAACUGGAGUCCUCAGAUGAGGAAAAAGGUAAUUUGUUGGGAGAUGUUAAAACAGCAAAAUCCGGGCGAAAGCGUGCCAGGCGAGAACCUAUUGUUGGCCCUGCAAUUGAUAAGGAUGUGGCUCAUGAGGCUGUUGGAUUGAAACCUUCCUCCUUAAUCCCAAAAGAAAUCCCAAUGAUAAAAAAGAAGAACCCUGUAUUACAGAUUAAAAUUGCCCCCAAAGUAAUUCAUAAUGAACAUAAAGACGAUAGCGUGACUAAGGAAUUGGAGGAGCACAAUGAAGAGGAUUCUGAUGGUAAACCUUUUGCAACCCCAGAAGAACUAGAGAAGGGGAAGUUGCCUCCAGAGGAACUUUUGUCACUUCCAAUGUUUAAGAACUACACCUCUGGGAAUCCUGCAUCUGUGUUGUACAUAAAGAACUUGGCAAAAGAUGUUGUUCCUGAUGAUUUUUACUUCAUAUUUGGAUCAUUUUUUGGAACCAUUGAUGCAGCUAAAUCUGGUCUUAGCAUAAAGCUAAUGCAGGAGGGAAGAAUGAGGGGCCAAGCCUUUGUGACAUUUCCAUCAGUUGAACUUGCCCAUCGUGCUUUGAAUUUAGUGAAUGGAUAUGUUUUCAAAGGCAAACCAAUAAUCAUCCAGUUUGGGCGGAAUCCUGCUGCUUCAAAAGCAAACUGAAUAUAUCUGCUUGAAUAGGAGGAAGCUCUUUGUACUGCGCUGUCAUGUGUAGGUAAUUGCAUUAUAUAAAAAUGGCAAAUACUUCUACAGAGGCAGAUGCAUAGGAGAGGACACGGAUACGUACGCCGCUGCUCUAAACAAGACAUUCCUACUGCUGCAGAAGUGUUAAGGUUGCUGUUGCUCUGAUCAUGUACAUCCAUGAUCUUCCAUGGGUACGAGCAUGUUCAUUAAUCAAUGAAUGGAAAGGUGCAGAGUUUAUUACACUCCCCUGCUUAAGCUCGGUUUGAUCUCUUGGUAAAAGCAAGCCAUUUGUUGAUGUUCUUAUGAUCAGUAUUUCUACAACGGUUUCAACUUUCAAAACACUGCAGAUUGCAGAAGACUCGGGACUCUCUACUGCAUCGUAGCAUUCACAAGGAUAUUGGGAAAAACCCUUGUACCAUUUUUUCUCCAUUGUGAGAAACUCCAAUGUCUUGUAGUGUAAACAAAAAGAACUCAAUGUCAGAAUCGUAUCAUUGAAACCCAGUAAGUUAAUUCAAUUAAAUUUACCUUCCUAUUUCUGGGCUA